UAAAUCGUUACAAUUCAUUAAAACACCUUUUACCAGCAAAGUAAGUGCGUUAUUUAGUUAACAUGGUAGUGCGUUAUCUAACAUUACAAAACGUUAUUUUUAUGAGUAAAGCCUGUCCGCACAUGAGCAACAGAAAAGGUGCGUCAUAUUUCGUUCCCAAUAUCAUCAAUCAGUGUAUUGUAAAUGCAAACUCUAUCACUGGCAAGCAAUGUUGGGAGAAAUAGAUCUUUUCGGAACUCCGAGUCAAUUGAAUCAAUUGCUUCGCUAAAUGAUUCACUGAAUCGAAGCGUUCGAAUCACCGCUUCAAUCUAAUCGCUGUUGGUCAGAACAGUGUAAAGGCAACAACAACACAAACAUGAUCAUUAAAUAUAUACAAAUAUAAAUCACAAUCAAAUAUGAAGUGCAUGUGUAAAUUUUGUUCUUUUAUUAAUUUACAGUUAAGUUUUGUGGCUAAUCAGGCCAUUUAAGACAACUCGUCACUGUUGACUACUGAACUAAUGAGCUGAUUAAGAAAUUUAGUUUCGGUUUUAUUUCUGUCCGAUUUUAUUAGCAUCUUAAUCAUGAUAAUGUGUGAAAACACAGAAAACACCUGAUGAAGCACCUGAGAUCCAUGUGAAAUACUGUUAUGGAGUUUAUUAAAGAGGAGAGUGAAGACAUGAGGAUUGAAGAAGCAAUGGAAGUCAAACAAGAAGAUACUGAGGAACAAACAGAUCUGAUGGUGCUGAAAGAGGAGACAAGAGUACUACAUAAAAUUGAAGAGAAAGACCAAUAUUUCACAAAUGGAGAAAAAUCAAUUAGCUGCUUACAGACUGGAAAGACUUCCUCUCAAAAAGGAACUCAAAAGACAGAAACUAAAAGUUUCACCUGCCAACAAUGUGGGAAAAGUUUCAACCGAAAAGGAAACCUUAAUUACCACACGAGAAUUCACACUGGAGAGAAGCCUUACACGUGUCCUCAAUGCGGGAUACGUUUUAUUCAAGGAGUAAUGCUUAAAAGGCACAUUAGGACUCACACUGGAGAGAAGCCUUUCACCUGCAAACAGUGUGGAAAGAGUUUCAUUCGAAAAGGAUGCCUUAAAAGUCACAUGAGAACUCAUACUGGAGAGCAGCCUUACACUUGCUCUCAGUGUGAAAGGACUUUUGCACAUAAACAGACUCUUAAUGCCCACAUUAGGAUUCACAGUGGGGAGAGACCUUACACCUGCCAACAGUGUGGAAAGAGUUUCUCUGAAAGUGGAAACCUUAAAGUCCACAUGAGGAUUCACACUGGAGAGAAGCCUUUCAGCUGCCAACAGUGUGGAAAGAGUUUCAAUCAAAAAGGAAACUUUAAAGUCCACAUGAGAGUUCACAAUGUGGAAAAGCCUGAAAACUGUGUGGAAAGAGCUUCACAGCAGAAGUAAACAUUACAUUGCGUUCACACCGCUGCAGGCGAGAGCGUCAAAUGCCCCUUUCACACUGCCAUUCCGGCAAAUACACGGGUAAAGUGUUCCAGCAAUUGUUCUCGGGUCGCUAGAUCUUGCACUUUCACACUGCCAGUGAUUACCCGGUAUAUGUGCGUGCUUUCACACAUUCCGUAAAGGUCCCAUAACGACACGUGACAUCAGCGCGUGACGUGUAAUGUACGAGUCGACAA